GAAAAUAACCCAUAAUAACUACCCCCAUGUGCCAACACAAUUAUCCUAUCCCCCGCGCGAUACAACUCAGAGAUAAUUAUCAAGAAAUAGUAGUAUUAUAUGGAAUUUUCAUAAAAAAUAGUAAUGUUUUUAAUUUGUAAAAUUGACGGCGCAGAUUCGAUCGCGUAAAACAGUAGACGACAGGCAGGGAAAGGAGUAAUACUAUCUGUCGAUUCUCUCCCUUUUUUUUUUUUUUGCAUCGUCUAUGGCGGACUAGUCGAAAGGCUUUUCUUUUUUUCCCCCAUUGCAUAUCACCUGGAAACUCGACCAGGUUUCAUACCUAGGGUUUUCAUUUCAUUCUGAUCCCCCCGGAGUGAUUUAACUGGGCUGUUAUCCCGGUUAAAUCUCCCACCUAAUCAAUCAAAACCCUAGGUGCAUAAUUUCUUCACAAUUUCCCUGUUUUUGUUUGUUUUGCUUUUUUUCUUUUGGUCGUCGGUGUUGUUUUCUUCGUAAGUGAUGGAAUGAUUGGAUUGCAUCGAGUUACCAGAUACUCUGUUCAAGUCUGAAGUAGCUAACCUAAAUGCUGUGCAAUUUACAAGAUAACUGAUUGAAGUUCUUAACUUUGGCUUAGUGAUUAUUAGACCCGCUGUAUACCUCUGGUCGGGGAGGUUUGAGCGUACGUGGGGUCAAUGUCUGCAUUUACUGGAUAAUUUUUUCCGAUAGAACAUGCAUUCUUCACUGGAAAUUUAUCCACAGUUUCUGAAUGGGAGGGUUCUAGCUAGCAGUUAUCGGCCAGAUUGUCAAAGCCACAUGAGCUUGUGUAUACAUUAUAAGAAAGAUGUUACAUUAUUGGAAGAAACCUCGUAUACUGUUGACGUCCUCCUGCAUCAAUAUUAUUAGCUUUUUUGUUUGUACAAAUUAUUGUAAAUCAGGUCUAGUGUUGUGAUAUAGUUGUUAGUAGCAAUGGCAAGGAUGGCUGAGAGGAAGUUUCCUGUUGAUGCAAAAGACUACAAGUUGUACGAAGAAGUCGGAGAGGGUGUCAGUGCAACCGUAUAUCGGGCGCUCUGCAUUCCUCUUAAUGAGGUCGUUGCUAUUAAGGUUCUUGAUCUCGAGAAGUGUAAUAAUGAUUUGGAUGGUAUCCGCCGAGAGGUGCAAACCAUGUGUUUGAUUGACCAUCCAAAUGUGUUGCGUGCCUACUGCUCAUUUACUACGGGUCAUCACCUUUGGGUUGUCAUGCCAUACAUGGCUGGUGGCUCUUGCCUUCACAUCAUCAAAACUGCUUAUCCUGAUGGUUUUGAAGAACCUGUUAUUGCUACAUUAUUGCGUGAAGUCCUUAAAGCUCUUGUUUAUCUUCAUGCCCAGGGACACAUCCACAGAGAUGUUAAGGCGGGGAACAUAUUGAUUGAUACCAAUGGCACCAUCAAGUUAGCGGAUUUCGGAGUUGCUGCAUGCAUGUUUGACACUGGUGAUAGGCAACGUUCAAGGAACACUUUUGUAGGAACUCCGUGCUGGAUGGCCCCUGAAGUAAUGCAACAACUGCAUGGAUACGAUUUUAAAGCAGACAUAUGGUCCUUUGGGAUAACUGCACUUGAACUUGCACAUGGCCAUGCUCCAUUUUCAAAAUACCCUCCAAUGAAGGUUCUUCUAAUGACAUUGCAGAAUGCACCUCCAGGUUUGGACUAUGAAAGAGACAAGAGGUUUUCAAAGUCAUUCAGAGAAAUAGUUGCUGCUUGCUUGGUCAAGGAUCCGAAGAAACGGCCAUCUUCGGAGAAGCUUUUGAAGCACCCUUUUUUCAAACAUGCCAAGUCAAAUGAGUAUUUGACUCGUACUAUUCUUGAAGGACUUCCUCCUUUAGGUGAUCGUUUUAGGAUGCUUAAGGCAAAAGAAGCAGAUUUUUUGGUGCAGAACAAGUCACUUUAUGAGGACAAGGAGCAUUUAUCGCAGCAAGAAUAUAUCCGAGGAAUAAGUGCCUGGAAUUUUAAUCUUGAAGAUUUGAAGAAUCAAGCUGCUCUUAUUCCCGAUUCUGAUGUUGUUUCAAAUGCUGAUGUUCCAAGCACGAGUGGGAAGCCAAGGGAUGGAAAUAAUGAUAUUGCUUCUCCCUCUGAGAGUCAAUCUCCUGAGCCUGAUAGGCUGCCAUCCCCUGAUAGGCCCUCCUCAAAUUCUGGAGGUCAUAUGGAGGGAAGCAUCAAUGAUAUUCAUGAUCUGGAGGAUUCACUUGCUGCAUUUCCGAUGAAACCUCUUCAGGCACUCAAAGGUUGUUUUGAUGUAUGCGAGGAUGAUUCAGGUACCGGUAGUCCACAUUCUAAUGAUGCUAUUCAGUCUGAUAUUGAACAUCCUCAAGUCCAGUCCUUACGGAAAGUUGAGAAUCUAGAAUCAAGAAAGGAUGAUGGUGAGAAUGCAGGGCAAAAUAGUUCCUUGCCGCGUGCCGCUGUUGCAGGGCAUAAAAAGCCGUUUAGCUCUUCACUUAUGCAGGAUAAUGUUCUCUCUCCAAAAAAAUUCUUGGGUGAUGGGGACAGGGAAUAUUUGCAACCAAAAUAUACGCCAGAACGUAAUCAUAGUGGUCCAUUGCAAUAUCGCCAAAAGAAAGAGAUAGUUAGUAAUACAGCAGGAGAUGAUUUGUCGGAAGGUGCUGUUGUACAAAGAAAGGGGCGUUUCAAAGUGACUGCUGGAGAUGGGCCUAUCAACUCCUUUUUUGGUGGUGUUUCGGGAGGUUCACCCAUACCUAGCCACUCAAGCCUCUCUGCUUCCAUUCUUCCAUCAUUGCAGUGUAUUCUUCAACAGAAUAGCAUGCAGAGGGAAGAGCUGAUUAAACUGAUCAAAUAUGUGGAGCAAUCCUCUGGGCCGGUGGAAUCUGUUGAGACAGGUGCCAAUGAUAUACUGCAGAUACCCGCUACAACUUCCAGGGAAAGAGAGCUUCAGUCGCAGGUGAUUCAAUUGCAGCAGAGGUAAUCAAUCUAACCAUUGACAUUAGAAUAUGAUAUUUUGUUUCACGUUGAGCUGAAACCUUGUUUUGAAUCAUAUAGCGUUGGGGGUUUGGUGGAAGAGCUUCAGAGGCAAAAAUUGAAAAAUGCCCAGGUAUGUUUUCCCAGUUGCUAGUUGGAAACAAAAAUUUGCUUUGCUCAUUAUGUAAAGUUGUCUGAAGGUAUCUCUGGAAGAACAUUUUAUAUGCGCAUGACUUUGUGUUAUUCCCGUUCGAGGUGGAUGCUUACAUUUGUGUCCGUUGUGCAGCUUGAAAAGAAACUCAAUUCAGUACUGAAGAAAGACGAAAGCUCUUGAGAACAGCCUGUAUCUUAUUAGGGGAGGGGGGAUUAUUGGCCAUCUAAUAUUUUUCCAUUCGUUGCUGGGUGAGUUUCGGCAUCUGCAGCAGGUGCAUUGUAAUUUUUUGGUUACCAUUCCUGUGAAUAUUAUCUUGGCACUCAAAUUGUGAGAUGCCUUUGUCACCAUACCUGUUGUAAUAUGAUUAUUCUGAUAUUGUAAUUAUGAUUUCAUGUGUAGUUUAUGGUAUUCCAUUUUCUUCUUCAAUUUUGUUCUACCAUGUAGUAGUAGCAGCUCUCUACGACGGCGCGUCUUUCUUGUAACAUCUGUGGGC